AACCAAAAUCAUAUAACAAAGUUACUAUUGUAUCUUCAAAAGAUAUUAGUAAUUUUGAUGCAUCUUUUACUGUUGAAGUUUCUUCUGAUGGAUAUAACUGGAAUAUUUGCGAUAAACUUGAAUCUUCAUAUGAAGCUCAAGACUAUGAUUCGGUUGAUAAUAUCGUAGCCAUGGAUUUGGAUUCGGCUGAUAUACCAAAAAGUAAUAUGAUCACCAUGGAUUUUAAAUGUUUUGAGGAUGAAAAUAAAAAUAACCCCGUUA